UUCAUCACCUGCCGCAGCCACAACCCGUAAAUCAUAUGAAGUUCCUGAAGUUGACCCGGAAGUAGCUUUGGAGGUCAUAAUUGACAACUACCUCGAAGAUUUGGAUACCUGGCUGCCCGAACCAAAAAUAACCACCCACCAAGGA